AUGUUCGAUGCAGUAAGGUAUCGAUUGAAACUGCUGCGAAUAAGAUUGGAAGAGUCUCCGGAGUGCAAUUAUUAUUUAUACGUGAAUAAUAAUAAAAGUAUAAAAGAGAAUAAGUUGAAGUUUUGUUUGUUUGUGUAUAGACAUAUUGCUGAUAUGGUCGAUGUUAUUUCACCUGAAUUGCAUGCAUCGUUAUUGCUGAGUGUAGCUGGAAGUGCACCAAAAUUAAUAACCAAUGUCUACCACAUAUUAACAGCCAUAGAAGGUCGCGAACCUGUAGAAUCUCUCGGCUACGUAAUAAUGCACGUGGUACAAAUCUCACUGCUACUAUUUUCACCUUUCCUCAUAGUAGAGUAUUAUUCCGUAGAAGUGGAGAAAAUGAGGCUUUUUCUCAUGCAUAGACUAAUUGAUGGUAAUGACCCAUCACUCAAAGAGGACAUAGAAACAUUUAUCCAGUACACACACGUACGCACAUUCAAGUUCAGAAUAUGGCGGAUAAUACCUAUUAAUAUGUCGCUACCUUUGGAGCUUAUUAAUAUGUGUGUCACAUAUGUCAUUGUUGUUAUUAACUUUACGCAUUUGUAUGGAUGA